AUGUCUCUCCAAAACGAUAGCAGAGCUUUUGCAAAUCUCGAGAGCCUGAGCAAUCUCCCUUUCAACGCUGUUACGGAGAACGAUGGCAUUGAGUAUCAAAGAAGCAACGCAAGCGAAAGCCUAGAUGAUGGGGGACCAGAGACAGAUUCUUCUGACGAUGAUCUCGAUGAUGAUGAUCUCGAUGACAUGUUCGACACAUUAUACGACUUGGUGGAACUAGACAACCACACUCAACCUCUCUUCACUCGAGACAUCCUCAACCGAUUCGCCGAAGAGCAAGCUUCGAUCCAGCAGCGGCUCAAAGAAGGUUCAACCCCAUCUACCGUGGAUUCCGUCACUGGUCGGGGCUCAAAUGGACAACCCUACAUUCUCUGGACCGCUAGUCAGGACAAGCGGCAAAACACAGUCUUUGUUGAAUAUAUAACAAGAAUUGACUCCCUGCGUGCCUUCCAGGCUAAAUUUGGUAGUGUUUCAGCACGCCUUUCUCCUUUACUUCGAUAUAACACGGACAAAGCAGAAGUCGACAAGAAAUGGAUACCCGUACCAUACUUCUUCACGACAUUAGCUCGUGCUUUCGACACCGAACAUCUCAACAAGCACAAAGAAAUGAAUAACUGGGUCAACAUCUUGAAACGUACUAAAUCACUCUGGCAAAAAAGUUCCUCAAGGAGCAAACUUGUCCAACUGAUGUCGGCGGCGACACAAACUACGCCCAUCAAGAAAAUCGUCUGCUUUGGUCUUGGUCAAUUGAGCCACGACAAAGCUUAUUACUCGUCAGCCAUCCAGCACAUGGCUGUCUUCACAAUGGCAACCUGCCUGAAUAAGAUCAACAAAGAGAAUGAUCCAAACGCAGUGCCUAUCAAGAUCAUACUGCAAGAUCCAUGUUAUGUUGAAAAGGAUCAUCAAUUGUUCAAGUGGCUAUAUGCCGCACGAGACGAUGUUGAGUUUGUUUCCGACCCUCAAGGACUUCUUGCGGUUGACGCGAAUACCAUGGUGGUCACAGCUCACCUGCCAGUCAGUGUCCCGCUCAUGCAGAUACUCGCUGACCUGUUCAUGGAUGAUGCAAAGACAGGACCGGCGAUGCUGCUGUGCGACAUUAUGCACCUGGACGUCAACAAGCGGAACUACUGCUAUGCGGAUCGUGCGGCACCUCAUGUUGCACACUGGAUUACUUCUGGCUACGAAAAACUCAAGCGAGGAUUCAGUGACCACGUGUUGGAGCCAGAAUUGCGGUUGGAUACUUUUGGCGAUGGCAGUCACAGGAACAUGAAGUACUGGCUGACUGGUAUGGAUUUCUUCAUCCGAAAGUAG